AUGCCAUCUCAUUACGAUACUUUACAAUUACACGCUGGUCGUGAAAAAGUUACUCAUAAUCCAUGUUCAUAUCCAGUUUAUUUAUCAACUUCAUCACAAUUUGAAGAUUCUCAUGAAGGUGCUCAAUUAUUUGGUUUAGAAAAAGAUGGUUUUAUUUAUAGUAGAAUUAAUAAUCCUUCAGUUGGAGUAUUUGAAAAUAGAUUAGCUGAAUUAGAAGGUGGAAUUGGAGCAUUAGCUACUUCUUCUGGACAAGCUGCUCAAUUAUUAGCAAUUGGUGGAUUAGCUCAUGCUGGUCAUAAUAUUAUUAGUACUUCAUAUUUAUAUGGAGGAACUUAUAAUCAAUUUAAAGUUGCUUUUAAAAGAUUAGGAAUUGAAACAAGAUUUGUUAAUGGUAAUAAUGUUGAAGAUUUUAAAAAAUUAAUUGAUGAAAAUACAAGAGCUAUAUAUUUAGAAAGUAUUGGUAAUCCAGCUUUUAAUGUUCCUGAUUUUGAAAAAAUUGUUAAAUUAGCUCAUGAUAAUGGUUUACCAGUUGUAGUUGAUAAUACUUUUGGUGCAGGUGGAUUUUUAAUUAAUCCAAUUGCUCAUGGUGCAGAUAUUGUUACUCAUUCAGCUACUAAAUGGAUUGGAGGUCAUGGUACAACUAUUGCAGGAGCAGUUAUUGAUUCAGGAAAUUUUCCAUGGACUCAAUAUCCAGAAAAAUAUCCACAAUUUUCAAAACCUUCUGAAGGUUAUCAUGGAUUAAUUUUAAAUGAUGCAUUAGGUAAAGCAGCUUAUAUUGGACAUUUAAGAAUUGAAUUAUUACGUGAUUUAGGUCCUGCAUUAAAUCCAUUUGCUUCAUUUUUAUUAUUACAAGGUUUAGAAACUUUAAGUUUAAGAGUUGAAAGACAAAGUGAUAAUGCUUUAAAAUUAGCAAAAUGGUUUGAAAAAAAUCCAAAUGUUAAAUCAAUUAGUUAUUUAGGUUUACCAUCACAUGAAACUCAUGAAUUAGCAAAAAAAUAUUUAAAUAAUGAUGCAAAAUAUUUUGGUAGUGUUUUAGCUAUUGAAGUUAAAGAUUUAAAAGAAAAACCAGAAAAUCCAUUUGAUGAAGCUUCACCAAAAGUUGUUGAUAAUUUAAAAAUUGCUUUAAAUUUAGCAAAUGUUGGAGAUUCUAAAACUUUAGUUAUUGCUCCUUAUUAUACUACUCAUCAACAAUUAAGUGAAGAAGAAAAAAAAGCUGCUGGUGUUACAAAGGGAUUAAUUAGAAUUUCUGUUGGUACUGAAUUUAUAGAUGAUAUUAUUGAAGAUUUUGAUCAAGCUUUUAAAAAAGUUUAUAAUUAG